UCUGUUUAUCACUGACUCUAUCCAUUCCUUCCCCUCUCCCUCCUCCUUCUCUCCCUCUCGUCAUUGUCCGUAAUAGACGACGCGGCGGCAGCAGGCAGCAACGUGCAGCGGCGGCGGCAGUAGCAAGCGGCUCUUUCUCUUUAUAAACCCUGCUGUAUUGCCCGGAUGUGAAUGGAUUACAAUGUAUCUUUCAGGGAAACAUAUUAUUACCAAUGUCUCCAUGGGGGAGUCGAUGAGGAGGAGGAGAGAUCUGUAAACUUGGAACAAGUUUAAGACUUUUUUUUUUUAACGAGGAAGAACAGAGGGAACACAUCUCACCACCACCAAGCUUUUUAAUAAUUUGUUAAUAACCAUGUGCUUGUAAAAACAAAAGAGGGAAAAGUUGUUGGAUUUUUUUUGGCUGGCUUUUAUUUUUGUUCUGCUUGGGUGGGGAGAUUUUGUGACAAUUGUUUUGUGGUGGUUAAUAAUAAUUAAAAAAAAAAAGCCAGGUGUAGAAGUUCUUUUAAAUCUGUGAAUAAUCCUGGACCAGGACUGAGAAACAGUUAAAGUACUUGUUUUGUUUUUGGGGGUCAAACACAUGUGAGCUAAUAAAGCACUUUUGAAGAAGAUUUCUCUCUUUAAAACUAGAUAUAUAUUUCCUUGGACUGUUGUGAACAUAUUUGGGGCCAUUAAGGUUUGUGUGAUUUUGCUAAAAUGCAUCACCAACAGCGAAUGGCUGCCUUAGGGACGGACAAAGAACUGAGUGAUUUACUGGAUUUCAGUGCGAUGUUUUCACCUCCUGUGAGCAGUGGGAAAAAUGGACCAACUUCUUUGGCAAGUGGACAUUUUACUGGCUCAAAUGUAGAAGACAGAACUAGCUCAGGGUCCUGGGGGAAUGGAGGACAUCCUAGUCCAUCCAGGAACUAUGGCGAUGGGACACACUAUGAUCACAUGGCAAGCAGGGACCUUGGGUCACAUGACAAUCUCUCGCCUCCUUUUGUCAAUUCCAGAAUACAAAGUAAAACAGAAAGGGGUUCAUAUUCAUCAUAUGGAAGAGACUCAAAUUUACAAGGUUGCCACCAGCAAAGUCUCCUUGGAGGUGACAUGGAUAUUGGCAACCCAGGAGCUCUUUCACCCACGAAACCUGGCUCUCAGUACUAUCAGUAUUCUAGCAAUAACCCCCGAAGGAGGCCUCUUCACAGUACCUCUAUGGAAGUACAAACAAAGAAAGUUCGAAAAGUUCCACCAGGUUUACCAUCAUCAAUUCAACAGAAAAGCCACAGACUGAACAAGCGUGAAACUGAAUGGCGAGACUGGUGCUUCCAGGUUUAUGCCCCGUCAGCAAGCACUGCUGACUACAAUAGGGAUUCACCAGGUUAUCCAUCCUCAAAACCAGCAGCCAGCACUUUUCCUAGCUCCUUUUUCAUGCAAGAUGGUCAUCACAGCAGUGACCCAUGGAGCUCCUCCAGUGGGAUGAAUCAGCCUGGUUAUGGAGGAAUGUUGGGCAAUUCUUCUCAUAUUCCACAGUCUAGCAGUUACUGCAGCCUGCAUCCACAUGACCGUUUGAGCUACCCAUCACACUCCUCAGCAGACAUCAAUUCCAGUCUUCCUCCGAUGUCCACUUUCCACCGUAGUGGUACAAAUCAUUACAACGCUUCUUCCUGCACGCCACCUGCUAAUGGAACAGACAGUAUAAUGGCAAACAGAGGAAGUGGGGCAGCAGGCAGCUCACAGACUGGUGAUGCAUUGGGGAAAGCACUUGCCUCUAUCUAUUCUCCAGAUCACACCAACAACAGCUUUUCAUCAAAUCCUUCAACUCCUGUUGGUUCUCCCCCUUCUCUCUCAGCAGGCACAGCUGUUUGGUCUAGAAAUGGAGGGCAAGCAUCAUCAUCUCCCAAUUAUGAAGGUCCCUUACACUCUUUGCAAAGCCGAAUUGAAGACCGUUUGGAAAGACUGGACGAUGCUAUUCAUGUUCUUCGGAAUCACGCAGUGGGGCCUUCAACAGCCAUGCCUGGUAGUCAUAGCGACAUGCAUGGAUUAAUAGGGCCUUCUCACAAUGGAGCAAUGGGAGGUCUUGGGUCAGGAUAUGGGACAGGCCUUCUUUCAGCCAAUAGACAUUCACUAAUGGUUGGAGCGCAUCGUGAAGAUGGCGUCAGUCUGCGUGGCAGCCAUUCGCUUGUGCCAAAUCAGGUUCCAGUUCCACAGCUGCCAGUUCAGUCAGCUACUUCCCCUGAUUUAAAUCCACCCCAAGAUCCAUACAGGGGUAUGCCAACUGGCCUGCAAGGGCAGAGUGUAUCUUCAGGUAGCUCUGAAAUCAAAUCUGAUGACGAGGGAGACGAAAACCUCCAGGACACAAAAUCUUCUGAGGACAAGAAACUAGAUGACGACAAGAAGGAUAUCAAAUCAAUUACUAGGUCAAGAUCUAGCAAUAAUGACGAUGAAGACCUUACACCAGAGCAGAAGGCAGAGCGAGAGAAAGAAAGGAGAAUGGCCAACAAUGCUCGGGAGCGCCUACGAGUGCGUGACAUUAAUGAGGCUUUCAAGGAGUUGGGACGGAUGGUACAACUCCAUCUGAAGAGUGACAAGCCCCAAACCAAACUCCUGAUUCUACACCAGGCUGUGGCAGUCAUCCUCAGCUUAGAACAGCAAGUCAGAGAAAGGAAUCUCAACCCUAAAGCAGCAUGUCUGAAAAGAAGAGAAGAAGAGAAAGUGUCUUCAGACCCCCCUCCACUUUCCUUGGCAGGACCCCACCCUGGGAUGGGCGAUGCAUCCAAUCAUAUGGGACAGAUGUAAAAAGGUCCAAGUUGCCACAUUUCUUCAUUUAAACAAGAGACCACUUCUUUAACAGCUGUAUUAUCUUAAUCCCACAUAAACACUUCUCCUUAACCCCUUUUUUGUAAUAUAAGACAAGUCUGAGUAGUUAAGAAUCACAGACGCAAGAGAUUUCAGCAUUCCCAAUUACUAAACAAAAAACAAAGUGCAACUUGAGGGACAACUCUCUUUAACAUAUCAUUCAGAAUGUUUAAAGCAGUAUGUUACGAGCUGUAAAUGCACAGCCUAGAGACUGAAUGGCAAUCUUCUCCACACUGUGGGACAAUGCAUUUGUGCCUAAACUUCUUUUGGAAAAAAAAAUAUAAUUAAUUUGUAAGUCUGAAAAAAAUAUUUAAUUUAAAAUUGUAAACUUGCAAUAAUGAAAAAGUGUACUUCUGAAGAAAAAAAUGAACGUUUUUGUUGGUGUGCUAGACAGCUAGUGUUUAUACUUACUGGAUAUUAAAAGGGAAGCUUUGCUGCCCAGAUAUUUACAAAACCAGCAAACGUCCUAAUGAAAACUGAAGUGAUGACAUUAGCCAUUCCUUAGGGUAGGAGGAACAGAUGGAUCUUAUAGACCUAUGACAAAUAUAUAUAUAUAAAUAUAUAUAUAAAAUAUAUAUAAAUAUAUUUUAAAAGUUUAGUGAAUAUGGUAAGCUUUUGUUCAUUUGUUUCAGACUUUUUUGCUCCUGUAAAAAAAUAGUACUGAUUAACUUUUUUAAAAAGAUUUUACUGUAAAUAAGGAUUUUUUGGUCUUAUUUCUGUCCUUCCCCCCUGUUUUUGUUAUUGUAACCUGUAGUGCCAACUCUGUCUCUGGAGGGUAGUGCAGGCUGAAAUGCUGACCCUGGCGUUGCUUCUCAUUCAUAAGUAGGUAGAGAGUUGUUUCUCCAGUCUUUUAGGAACACAGGACUUUAAAGUCUCAUCAUGUGUAGAUAUUACAGGCUGCAUUACUGCGACGUGGCAAAAUGCAUUUGUCUGAAUCGUAAUGUUGCUCUUGUUGACCCUAUUCUGGGAUUUUCAGAGGUACAAGGUUAGAAUGCUACAAUGUUACCACUGUGCCUUCCAAUGUUUAUAUCAUCAGAAACAUUACAUAAUCAAAGUGGCUGUGAUUUAACAAACCGAUUAAAGUGUUAUCUAUGUGUGUAGCCUAAAUAGUGUGCAGUGAGGCGUUUCUGAAUACAUGGUCAGAUUUUUUUGGGGGAGGGUGGGGAAACAUCAAUUGGAAAAAUUGCAAGCAGUGUGACAGAUUUGAUUGACUUUCUUUGUUCAUUCUUUUCUUGUUUUCAAGUGGAUUACUUAAAUGUAGACCACUUGCUGCCUCCUCCUUCAUUUGCAAAAUGCCAAUAUUCAGUCAUCAUGCAACAUUAUAACAAGCCUUAUGAGUCCUAAAGCAUUACGUUGCACUUUCUUGAGGAGGGGGUGGGUGGGUAGUACAGUAUUUCUCUGGCCAGUAUGAAUGAAGUUUUUACUUAACAUAUUUAAUAGUAACAUAGAUCAAACUAUGGCACAGCAACUAAUCAGACAACUAGCUUUGAAGUCUGGGCACAACUGAACCAACUUCCAUAGUGAAUCUUAUAAUGAUUGACUUUGGUGUACAGUAAAAUUAACAGAUAGUGCUCCUAGUUAAGUAUUUGUCAGCAUCCUUUUGUCUCCAAAUCUAGUUUCUAUUUUUACAGCCACACAAACCUGGCAUGUAUUUUAAAUAAAAUCUCUCUGUUCAAGUAGAUUUUCCACCUUUCAGCACUGAGUAAAUGCCAUAAAUCCAUCAAAACGGUCUAAAUGUUCCAUCUGUUCUCCUGUUUUGCCAGUUAUAUAGUAAUGAAAAAUACAUUUGUAAAUUUUAUGCAACAAAUGGCAAACGUAUCAUUAUUUUGAAAUUGUGUAUGUAAAAGUUAUAUUUUUACAUGUAGACUCUUGUUAUUAUGUGUUUUAAUACAUUGUAUCAGUUUUUUGUUUAAAAACAAUCUGUGUGGUUGAAAAAAGUCUCAUUUAAAUGAAAUAGUGAGAUACAAGAAUCUGAAUUUUAUGUUUGUUUCUGAAAACGUAAAGAACAAAUAUGAUAGUUAACAUGUGAUCACCUUCUACAUACCCAUAAACAUUUUGAUUAGCUGUGUGUGUUGAAACCUGUAAAUAUGUUCAAUAGUGGUAAAACUUAAAAUGCUUUGAUUUGUUUAUAAGUUUCUCAAAUGUGGAGGUGGAUUACAUCAUUAGGUAUACACAGUAGAGCAGCAACCACAAAAUAAGUCAGAAUUACAAAUGAAU